AUGAACAACGCGAACACGAACCGAGGGGAGAUUGAUAGCCGGCUUGCCGAGAGCCCUACCUCAGACCAGCACCCGGAGACUGGCACUUCCACCAACAUUCCCCGCCCGCUCUCAGCGCUUGCCGAUUAUGACUCUGAACAUCGCGAUGAGUUAUCUGAGGCUGGCAAUCCCGCACCGCCUUGCGAAAUACUGCACUACUUGUCUAAUGGCACAUCUGGAGAGCGAGGGGACCCUCAGCAUCACGACGAGCAAUUUAAAUUUGUUGGUCUUGCCACAUCUCUGCUGCAGUUGAUUCCCUACGUCAUCCAAGAUCCUCAGCGCUCUGAUGCUUCGCGAACGGCAUUCAACACCACCGACCCUACUAUUCGAGGAAUGUAUGAGAAGAUGGAUGAUAUGCCAUAUCUUAUGUCAGCAUCUCCAGAAGAGACUCAACAAUGGGAACAAAUCCGGACCAGGAAUUACCCCAUUCCUGCCUUCCCGGUCAGCAAUGACAUGAUUUCAGCAGUGAGACGACAGUCCGUCUCUCUUCGCAUGCUCAGGGCGUUAUUUGGACUCGACGUUCAGCCAUCUCGAGUGGGAGAUAUUACAAUUUCUGAGCUGCGAGAAGAGUUUCUCCAAUUCGCUCGGAUCGGAGACUACACGCGUUUACUGCAAGAGUGGACUCUUAAGAGACUUCCAUCCCUCAAUGAUGGUAUUUCAGACCGACGAUAG